AUUUAUAAAAAUCUCCCAUUCUCAACUAAGGCCGCUCGCCACCGUCCGCCCGCCUCCGCCCAAUGCCCAUCCUUGUACGGCCUUUCCUUUUGCUCUCACUUCUCCUCAUAUUCUCCUCCUCUUUUUCUCAAUCUCUCCCCUUCUCCAACUACCAUACCAUCGUCUCCCUAUCCCACUCCCUCUCCUUGCGCGUUGCCACUCUCCGUGAGUCCCGUGGCGAUCACGAUGGUGCGGUCCGGGCCAGAUCCAUGGCCCGUAAUCUCGAGCGAGGGCUGGGCCUGGGGUUCUACAGACUCGUUUGGAACAUGGGCUGGGACUACUCAAAGAAUUACGCAUGGAGGAAUUUGGUGUCGUUUGAAACUCUGGGCACCUUGUCGUCCGACACGAACGAGUUGUUGGGUGCUCUAGGCGAAUUGACCCGGGUCAAUUCGGACGCGGAGAGGGUAGCUUGGUUUGGACGAAAUUACAAUAAGCUCCUUAGACUUUCCAAGUCGCUCUUUGGUAGACUACUCGAAGUUUUUCGUCAGCCCGGUCCGUUGAGGGAAGUGGUGGAGACACUGCAGAAAGAAAUUGUGGAGGGUGACUUGGUAAGGGACUGCCUUGAGUUGGGUGGUAAUGACCUCAAUGAUUUGGUCCGUGUGUUCAAGGACGUCCUUUUACAGUAUACUUCUGCUUCUACCAGGAACACUGAUUUGUGAGUAAGAUUGGUAGGAAAUUCAGAAGAGAGUAAUUUAUUCUUGGAUCACAAUGUUCUUAUAGUUUAUAGUCAUGUUACUGGCCAUAUGGAGAAGUUAAAAGUUUGUCUUAACAAAGGUUGAAUGUAGUUGAUGAUCGAUUAAUCAUAUAAUCUUGUAUUAA